CAUCUCGGCGUUUUAGUUUGUUUACAUGCUGCGGCAGCUGCGAGGCGCGAAUCCCCAAGGCUAGGAAGACCGCCCUGCCUUCAACGAGCAUUGCAAAGCGGGAGGCUGCUGCAACACUUACAUCUUGUCCAAGUUAAGGAGACUGCUCCAGAACAGUAUUGAAGAUGGCUUGUGGUAGUGUCUUUAACCAAAUGCCCACUGACAAUGAAGAGACAAUUCGGUACUGGCUUUUCCCCCACUUGGAGGAUGGAACAUUGAUGACAGAUUUGGAGGCACUAGAGGAUUUGGCUGCCAAGUUACUUGCUCAUGUUGCUGUGUAUACUCAUCAGUACAUCUGGAAUAAUGAGUCAUUUACUUUGAAAGUGAAGAAAGAAGCACCAUAUGAUGGAACCUCAGGUGUGCUCGGCCCUCACAUAGCUGGAAUCACAGUUGUAGGGGACUAUUUAGAAGAUGAAUGGUUCAUUGUGUUUCUCCUCCUCACUCUUACUAAAGACUUCCCAGAGCUUGUGUGUAGAGUAAUCGACAGUGAUGGCGAAUUUCUACUGAUCGAGGCAGCGAACCACCUCCCGCCGUGGGCUAAUCCCGAUUCAGCUGAACAAAGGCAGAAAAUCGGAAAUCCAGACACAGAAUAGAGAUAACGACUACAAAAGGCUGUGUUGCAGCGUGACGGACAACGCUGACAGUCAAACAAAGGGCUUCUUGCGGUUCAAGCUUGAGUUGAAGAGAAAUUCACCCUCAGAGAUGCUGUACUUUGCUUUCUCCUGUAAUUCGACCCUUCUCUUCAUCAGAGAAAAAGGCGCAUGG